AUGAAGCCCUCUUGGUGCUUACAAGAUGGAUUCUCCCCUGAGCCUCCAUCUCAUGGAUUGACAACUUUGGAGCCAUCUUCUCGGCCAUCCUCUGGGACCAGCCAACAUGCUAUUUUGAGCUUAGUUCCUUAUUACCCAUCAACGGUGAGCUCCCAGAUUCCUCAGAAUUAUUUCACUGAGGUGGAGGCCGCCGUCAACCGCAUGGUCAGCAUGCAUCUGCAGGCCUCCUACACCUGCUUCUCUCCGGGUUCCUAUGUUGACCUUGAUGAUGUGGCUCUGGAGCGCGUGGGCCGCUUCUUCCCUUUGGCCGAGGAGAAGCACGAGGGUGCUGAGUGUCUCUUGAAGAUGCGAAGUCAGCGAAGAGGCCGUGCCCUCUCCCAGGAUGGGCGGAAGCGGUCUCAAAAGGGUUCUGUCCCCGCCCGGGUUCUGGAGAGGAACCAGGACCAGGCCUGUCUGGAUCUGCACGCCCUGGGCUCUGCGCACACAGGACCCCAUCUCUGUGACUUGCUGGAGAACCAUGAUGAGAAGGUGAUCGAGAAGAUGGGCCGCCACCUAACUUGCCUCCACAGGCCGGCCGGCUGGCCCCCAGGCUGGGCUGAGCGAGAGGCUCACACGAACACGAGGAGCCCAGCAGCGUUUGAGGGGGCCCUUUGGGGUCCCUCCCACCCAGGUGCCACCGCUUAUGCCCGAGCCUCUCCCUGCAGCCACGAGGCAGCUUUUUAACCACCCUGGAGCCCUCUCCCAAGCCUGGACCAAAUGGAAAUAAUAAAGCUUUUUGCAGCAGACAGAAAGAAAAAUUUGUUUCUAGUCUUAAAACGAUUCUUUUGCUUAGCCCUCUAUAGAAAUUUUUAAAUUUUGGCCAUCUUUUUUCUUUUUUAAUUUCCCAAACAAUAUCUUGUUCUUUUAUUACUCUUCUUUCCAUAGCAGCCUGUCCUUUGUGGCUAUAGUGACUUAGAUGAGUUAGUGCUGUUCUGUUUUGAUAAAUCUUUUUUUUUUUUUUUUUUAAAGAUUUUAUUUAUUUAUUUGACAGAGACAGA